CUUGGUUACAUAUACAUAUUUACAGUUAUUCUCUGGACAGGACGUCUGUUUUUCUUAACGAGUGAACACAUUUUUCUUACUUUUCUAGAUUGUACAGGGGUUUUUUGAGUGAUGGGGGAUAUCAGUGACCAAGUCUUUGAGCUUAUUGUAAAGAAAGAAGAACCAACUUUGGUGCCUCCUGAAUCCGAAACGGAGAAGGGUCUGUACUACCUGUCGAACCUGGACCAGAACAUUGCGGUCAUAGUCCGAACCAUGUACUGCUUCAAAUCGGAUUCAAAAGGGAACUACGAAGCCGCUAAAGUCAUAAAGAGUGCACUGUCAAAAAUUCUUGUUCACUACUACCCUUUUGCAGGAAAGUUAACUAUCAGCACAGAAGGGAAGCUGAUUGUGGAUUGCACAGGAGAUGGUGCUGUGUUUGUGGAAGCUGAAGCCAACUGUGAAAUGGAAAAGAUAGGUGACACAACAAAGCCUGAUCCUAAAACUCUUGGAAAUCUGGUUCAUGAUAUUCCUGGCGCCAACAUACUUGAGAUUCCUCUCUUGACAGUACAGGUGACUAAGUUCACAUGCGGAGAGUUUGCUCUGGGGCUAUGCAUCAACCAUUGUACGUCGGAUGGGAUUGCUGUAAUGGAAUUUAUCAACUCGUGGAGUGAUACGGCAAGAGGCUUGCCGCUCAAGGUUCUGCCAUUUCUCGACAGAAACAUACUCAAACCGAGUAACCCACCAAAGAUAGAGUUUCCUCACGACGAAUUCAUUCAGAUCGAAGACAUAUCCGAAAACUCCAAGCUCUAUGAAGAAGAACUGCUAUACAGCGCCUUCUGUUUCGACCCCAAGAAGCUUGAAAAGCUCAAGAAAAUGGCCAUGGAAGAUGGGGUUCUUGAGAAGUGCACAACAUUUAAAGCACUCUCUGCCUUUGUCUGGAGAGCUAGAACUGAGGCCUUGAGAAUGAGGCCGGAUAAAAAAACGAAGCUCCUUUUCGCCGUUGAUGGGCGCUCAAAACUUGAGCCGCCAGUACCAGAAGGGUUCUUCGGGAAUGCAAUUUUGUUGACACAUGCACUGUGCACUGCUGGGGAGCUAAUGGAGAAUCCAAUUUCGUUCGCGGUUGGAUUAGUUGAAAAGGCGGUUAAAAUGGUGACGGACGGUUAUAUGAGGUCGGUGGUCGACUACUUUGAAGUGACAAGAGCUAGGCCUUCUUUGGCAGCAACCCUUUUGAUAACAACUUGGUCCAAGCUAAGUUUCCACACAACUGACUUUGGCUGGGGAGAGCCUGUGUUUUCAGGGCCAGUGGGUUUGCCUGAGAAGGAAGUUUGUUUGUUUCUAUCUCAUGGAGAAGAUAGGAAAAGCAUAAAUGUGCUUUUGGGCUUGCCAGCUUCUGCUAUGAAGAUAUUUGAAGAUUUGAUGAGGCAGAUUUAAGGGGGAAGAACUUUUAAUAACAAUACACACCCUAUAUAUGACAUUCCAGACUAAUAAUACAACGUCAUAGAUGUUUCAAUUAUAUUCCACGUGAAAUUGUAUCAUUAGUCCAAAACACCACAUGGCACUCCCGAGUAUAAGUCUAUCUCGAUUUCAGGAGGAAGUGAUGAAAGAAAUCUUGGGAAUAAAAGGGUGGUAGUAGAAAGAAAUUGCCGGUUUAUUAUGAAUAUUUGUAACUUCAUCUGUAUUUUCUGUAUCUCAUGUUAAUGGGGAGUUUUAUAUUAUGUUCAGCAACUCAUGAACAUGAUC